UGAUUAUCUGAAGCCAUUCAAAGCUGCAAUUUGGCAAAACUACAACCAGAAUACACUGCAGCUUAGUAUCAGUAAAUUAUUAUUGCAGAUAAAGGUGUGGGAGUCCCACACCUGCUGACGAAAUGAGCACUAUAACAAACAAGCUACAGACAAUCCGAGUUGAACAUGUCUUUCCCAGUGGUUUUCUGCGUGUUUUUCUUCAGUUUUUGCCAUUCAUUCACAAGUAGCAAUUCUCUCCAGCCUGCAGUUCCCCAGGACGGAGUAUUGGUGGAUGUCUUUCACAAUAGAAGCAUCAUCACUGAUCACCAUCACAUUGAGAAGGAGCUGAAGCACUACCUUGGACAGCCUAAAAUUGAUGAACUGUCUGUAGAAGAACUGCAAUUCUAUUAUUUCACUCUUCAUGAUUUUGACAAAAAUACUUUCUUGGACGGCCUUGAAAUAUUAACCGCACUGGAAGAUUCCCUUGAAGAAACACUGGAGUCCUUUUCAACUGAAGAAAUGAUUAAAUUGCUUAUAGAAAUGACAGAUGAAGUUUUGGAAAAGGAUGAUGUCGAUAACGACGGGUAUUUAUCCUAUUAUGAAUACAUACACUCACAAAACAGAACAGCGAGUCCUACCACAAUACUGGAGAAAAGCUCAAAAGAGAAAGUUUAACAACAGCAAAUCUGAUGCAGUAAACAGGACGAGAAAAUGUUCUUAGCAGGCAAUUAUUCUAAUAAAAAGGACUAAUAAAUCUGUAUUGUAUUUUA